AUGAAAAUUUCUACAGAAAGCUUAGUUUUAACAUCUGGAGCGUACCGUCACCAUGAUGGAGAUUGGAAAUCAACUUUCGAGUUCAACCCAAGUGAUUGCUUAGUUUUUGCAGAUUGGCACUGUUCACUAUUCAUAUGUGAUUCUCCAGCGUCUUAUUAUUUGGUUGGGUUGUUACAAGAAAAACACUUGAACCUUACAGCACUGUCCGUAGGAUCGAAUGAUUCGUGGCUCUUUAUCGCAACACCUGAAUCCAUCACUGGAAUUGAAAAGAACCACGGGAAUAUCGUCUCUGCCGAUAUAUCUGUUGUUCAAGUUGCUUCAGAUGGUCAUAAUGUAUAUUGUCUGAAGGGCGAAACUGUUACCUUACUAAAAGUCAGUAAUUUUGGAAACACCAUCGCAGUUGAUCGCCCACUUAGUCUUACAAUCAAAAUAAAAUCGAUAUCAUGUGGUCUAGGGUUUUUGUUAUGUUUAACAUUUUCAGGACAGGUGUUUAGCCAGGGAAUAGGAAGGUAG